CUCCUGGACACCGAAUACUGCACACAGGCAGCGUUCAGCUCCCUGGAAUGUUCCAGAACCAAAAAAAUGGGUUAAUUAACAACAGACCAGAAUGGAAAGAGCGUGUCCUGGCUCAGCCCCUCCCUGCUCGGUUUUAACAUCCACACGCACAAUCGUUCGCAGUUACAGGGUGACCCCCGUGACCCUCCCACUCCCUGCCUUCCCAGGAUGUGCAUCAUGGCCUUUCCUGCCGCCAUCUUGGAGUGGCCUUCCAACUCCCGCUAGCGAGUAACCCCCUGGAACGCCAUCAAUACCCUCUAACAGUGCCAAGCGAGCAGUGUUUUCUGGAGCCAAUCAGAGCGCAGAGUGGGAGGAGGACGUUGGUGGGGUGUGGUAUUGCUGAGUGAUGCCCCUCUGAAGGGGACGAGCCAGACAUUGGGCUGUGACUCCAUCAGUUCCUUGUGCCAUCCCCCUUGGGACCCGCUGUGAGAUACCAAUGAAAAUACCCACCAGAGUGCGUUUCCUGGCUGUGCUGGGGAGUGCCCAACUGUUGGUCAUUCUGUUGGUGUACCAUGAGGGAUCGCGCCAGAGGAUCAGUGCCAUCGUCAGUGCCCUCUGGAAGACAGGGUCAGUGCCCACCACCUCCCAGGCCAACAGCUCGCAGCCCGGAGAUAUCUACGCCAAUCUCAGCCUCAUCACCCGCCUCCUGGUGGAUGAAGACCAGCUUCCAUACUGUCCAUCGGUCUCACCGUACCUCAGUGGUCCGAUCCGUGUCACGUUCCCAAAGGAUCUGUCCUUGGAAGAGGUGAGGAAGAGGAACCCCAUGGUGCUGGCCGGGGGGUGGUACAAACCCCCAGACUGCGAGUCGAAGCACAGUACGGCAGUGUUGGUCCCUCACCGACACCGGGAGCAGCAUCUGAAAUACCUUCUGUAUUACCUCCACCCCAUGUUACAGAAACAGCAGCUCCAGUACCGCAUCUACAUCAUCCACCAGGCUGGGAACACUACCUUUAACAGGGCAAAACUGCUCAACGUGGGCUUUAAGGAGGCGAUGAAGGACACAGACUGGGAAUGUCUGUACUGUCACGAUGUGGAUCUUAUCCCUGAGGAUGAUCGCAACCUCUACACGUGUGAGAAAAAUCCCAAACACGCCUCUGUUGCCAUGGACAAGUUCGGAUACAAAUUGCCGUAUAAGAUGUACUUUGGAGGAGUUUCGGCGUUUACCCCUGACCAGUACAUGAAGAUUAACGGCUUCCCCAAUAACUACUGGGGGUGGGGCGGAGAGGAUGAUGACAUCGCUUCCAGGAUCUUCCUGAACGGGAUGUUAAUAGUCCGUCCUGCCAUGCACCUGGGUCGUUACAAGAUGAUUAAACAUUUACACGACAAGGGGAAUGCCGAAAAUCCCAAAAGGUUCAAUCUGCUGGCCAAGACAAAGCGUUCCUGGAAGGAAGAUGGGAUGAAUGGCCUCGAUUACGUUCUCCUUUCCAGAGAGGAUCUGCCUCUGUACACCAACAUCACCGUCGACAUCGGCACUGAGAAACGAGGGCCCCAGCGAGUCACGUGACCCACCCUCGCCCACCUCCUCUCCCCCCUCCCCUGGGCAACCCCUUUCACUACAGCUACCCUCCGAAACCCCGCCCUAGCCCUGAGACACCCGACCCUGGCCGGCUGAGGACCUGAACCCUGCGAAGGUUGAUGUUCUGGUUGUGACCGGGUCGUCUUGUUUCUUUUUGGGGUUUUAGGGGCUCGCCAGCUCUGGAUGGGGCAUGCGCCACCUCCCCCUCCCCCCACUGACACCCAUCGCCAAUGGACCCUCCGCAUCGAAGGGGCUCUCUGUCCGCUGUGCGCUAUAGGGGCAGUCUGAGCGCCCCCUCACCCUCCGGUGCCAUGUGGUGAAGCAGCCAUGGGAGGCAUCACCAGUGGUUCCUGUUUGUGGGGUGGGGUGGGGGGGGAGGUGCUGGGUCCUCGUGCGAUUCCAAUCAGUCCCCUACAGGAGGCGCCCUCACUGUAGCACCCCUCCUGCUGGCAGUUUGGUGGUAUUACAGGAGCGAGAGCGCACAAUCCCUCCCCGUCCAUGCCCCAUGAGGAGGGGGAGAGGGCUACACGUACUCUUGCCCUCAUUAUACCCCCCCCCACCGCCCCCUACACCACGCACCAGUGUAUUUUCAAACAAAAGCACAAUUGUUCUUGAGUGAUUUUUGAUAAUGGAGCGAAUUUAUAAUGAAAUACAUUUCUAUUCUGA